AUAAUCGAGGGGUUAUACUUUUCUUAGCUCCACUGAACAAGACAUGAUAAAAAAAUGGGAAACAAGGAAUGGAUCGCGUCAUUCAAGAAAAAGUAGAGAAACAAAAGAAGAAAUGCGUCGCAGCCGUCUUGCUCACCCACUUCGCUCAAUUUUGCAUUUUAUCUACCGUUGUGGUGCUAGUAUCUCCGUCCCACGCACUCUCCCUUCGGCCCUUCCCUUCACGUCAAGGAAGCAAUCUCCCCCAGGUGAUUCCAAAACACCUCCCUCCCUUCUCUCUCUCUCUCUCUCUCUCUCUCUCUCUCUCUUCACAAGUUUAUCCCUCCCCUCUCUGCUCCUCAGUUCGUUCACCCCCUUUCCCCAUUCACACUCGCUCCCAUAUCCACUGCCCCCAUUGCCAUUGCUGCCCCCAACCCCAAGCUCCAGAUCUCGGUCCCAAGACCUGGAAUGGCUGAAUCCAUGCCCCCACCACUAUCCUCACUCCGCUCGCACUCCCCUGCAUUGCUAUAAAUCCCACUGCAUCUUGGCUCUGGCCCAUCUAAUCCGCCAAGGAACCAUGGCCCGAGCUCCCAAAUCCGCCGGCAUUGCCCUCUCCCUCCUGCUGCUGGCAGCCGCCGCCAAAGCCUCGGCCUUUCCUCUCCUCAACUCCUCGCUCCCCGACCCCGCUGCCGUCGUCGCCGACUUGCACAGCAAGGUGGCAACGUCGCGGCGGCGGAUGCAGGAGUCCGGCGGCGGCGGCGGCGGCGGCGGCGGCGGGUGCUUGACGGGCAACCCAAUCGACGACUGCUGGCGGUGCGCGGGGACGGACUGGCGGCAGGACCGGCAGCGGCUGGCGGACUGCGGCAUCGGGUUCGGGCGCAACGCGCUGGGCGGCAAGGGCGGGCCGGUGUACGUGGUGACGGACCCGUCGGACCGCGACCCCGUGAACCCGUCCCCUGGCACGCUCCGGCACGCCGCCAUCCAGGAGGGCCCGCUGUGGAUCGUGUUCGCGUCGGACAUGGCCAUCCGGCUGAACGAGGAGCUGCUGGUGAACAGCUACAAGACGAUCGACGGGCGCGGCGCGCGCGUGCACGUGGGCGGCGGCGGCGCGUGCAUCACGCUGCAGUACGUGUCGAACGUGAUCAUCCACAACGUGCACGUGCACGACUGCGUGCCGGCGGGGAACGCCGACGUGCGGUCGUCGCCGACGCACUACGGGUGGCGCACGCGGUCGGACGGCGACGGCAUCUCGCUGUUCGGCGCGCGGGACGUGUGGGUGGACCACUGCGCGCUGUGGCGGUGCGCGGACGGGCUGGUGGACGCCAUCAUGGGGUCCACCGCCAUCACCGUGUCCAACAGCUACUUCGCGCACCACGACGAGGUGAUGCUGCUGGGCGCCAGCGACGCGUACCUGCCCGACUCCGGGAUGCAGGUCACCAUCGCCUUCAACCGGUUCGGCCCGGGGCUGGUGCAGCGGAUGCCCCGCUGCCGACGCGGCUACUUCCACAUCGUCAACAACGACUACACGUCGUGGGAGAUGUACGCCAUCGGCGGCAGCGCCGGCCCCACCAUCAACAGCCAGGGCAACCGCUACAUCGCGCCGGCCGACCCCAACGCCAAGGAGGUGACGAAGCGGGUGGAGACGGCGGAGGGGCAGUGGGCCGGGUGGAACUGGCGGACGGAGGGCGACAUGAUGGUGAACGGCGCCUUCUUCGUGCCUUCCGGCGAGGGGAUGGAGGACAUCUACGGCAAGGCCUCCAGCACCGACCCCAAGUCGUCCGCGCUCGUCGACGUGCUCACGCAGAACGCCGGCGUCCUCGGCGACCCCAGUUGCUAGUGCUCCGCCGCGCGCCCAUCAUCGGUCCUUGGUUCUGCUAUCUCUGCUCUGGGCGGGAAUUUGCCGUUCCGGCUUCCCCUCCUCUUGUGGCUUUCCCUGAUCCAUUACCAGUCCUGACGAGACGAGACGAGACGAGCCGGUCCAGUGGAACACAAUACAAAGGUGGUGCCGCGGCAGACCUGGCAGACGAUUAAACUCACUACUAGGAAUGUACACUGUACCACGUUAGAACCCCCUACCCACCCACCCAGUUCAUUAGUAAUAAUCUCUAUAUAGGCGGUGCAUUACUAGUUCUGCCGUGGCAGCACCGGAUCAAGGCAUGUUUGGAUUGCUACCUAAUUUACUAUACUUUGCCUGAUUCGAGGAAUGUCUGAUUCGAGGAAUGUCUGCUUGAGUUUGGAUGCAUACCAAUUUCCAGUCUUUGUCCCAGUACUGCA